AUGUCAUCUGCUUACCGAAUGAUAUCCACGAAAGCUUGCAAGUAUGCAGAGGCGUACACUGUUCGCACCGCGGCGGACGGCAGCGCGGAGUACGCGUGCAAGCACUGCCCGGGCGUGUUCCGCUCCAACAACUGCUUCUCGCAGCACUACAAGCAGGUGCACCUCAAGGAGCGGCCCAAGCUGCGCGCCUGUCACUUGUGUGACGUCAAAGUGCCAGCGUACACUGUUCGCACCGCGGCGGACGGCAGCGCGGAGUACGCGUGCAAGCACUGCCCGGGCGUGUUCCGCUCCAACAACUGCUUCUCGCAGCACUACAAGCAGGUGCACCUCAAGGAGCGGCCCAAGCUGCGCGCCUGUCACUUGUGUGACGUCAAAGUGCCAGCGUACACUGUUCGCACCGCGGCGGACGGCAGCGCGGAGUACGCGUGCAAGCACUGCCCGGGCGUGUUCCGCUCCAACAACUGCUUCUCGCAGCACUACAAGCAGGUGCACCUCAAGGAGCGGCCUAAGCUGCGCGCCUGUCACUUGUGUGACGUCAAAGUGCCAGCGUACACUGUUCGCACCGCGGCGGACGGCAGCGCGGAGUACGCGUGCAAGCACUGCCCGGGCGUGUUCCGCUCCAACAACUGCUUCUCGCAGCACUACAAGCAGGUGCACCUCAAGGAGCGGCCCAAGCUGCGCGCCUGUCACUUGUGUGACGUCAAAGUGCCAGCACUACAAGCAGGUGCACCUCAAGGAGCGGCCCAAGCUGCGCGCCUGUCACUUGUGUGA